AUGAAGCUUUUAAUCGUCCUGAUGGUUUGGUGCGUAGCUGUGGCUUUGGGGAUGGUUAAACCAUCCGACCUCGAUGUUCCUGACCGUCGCCUGAUCGUUGGAGGUGUGGAAGCCGAUCGAAACGAAUUUCCCUUCAUCGUGGACCUGCGAAUCGGCCGGACGAACAGCGUCCACGAUUGUGGUGGAUCCAUUGUGUCGCCCGAUUGGGUCGUGACGGCGGCUCAUUGCACGCAAAAUCCCGGGGGUGCGUCCAUGUACUCGUUAGUGGCGGGGGAACACAACCUAACUUUUGGAGAAGGUAGCGAACAACUGAGACAAGUUGUGACGAUCGUAAACCAUCCAGGUUAUGGGAGACCCCUCCGAUUUUCCAAUGACAUUUCCCUACUCAAGGUGGACCCCCCAUUCGUAUUCAAUGAGUUUGUCCAACCCGUGGUAAUCCCACAGCUUAACUUUGUCCCAACCGCCGUUGCAACCGUUGCUGGGUGGGGUGUUUUGUCCAGCGGAGGUAGCUCUCCGGACGUAUUGAUGAAGGUGGAUGUUCCCUUCGUUUCGGAAGCAUCUUGUCUAACCUCGUAUCCGGGCGAAAUUUCCGACAGUAUGGUUUGUUACGGCGAGGAAGGAAAAGACUCGUGCCAGGCUGAUUCCGGUGGUCCCCUGAUGUGCGGCGCGGACAAUGCCCUUUGUGGAAUUGUGUCAUGGGGAAACGGCUGUGCGUGGGCAGGGUAUCCUGGAGUUUACACAGAAACCAGUUUCUUCGCUGAGUGGAUCCGAUCAACAAUUGCGCAACCUUUGCUUCAGGGUAAAACGGCGUAAAUGGACAAUUAGUGAAAGUUUGAAGCGAUGACAACUACCAAAAUACAGCCAUAACAAUUUAAAUUACCUGUAAAUCUUAU